CAUAUGGAAGUUUGUGCAUCACAACUUCUUGUUUUUCAUAGUCAUACUCUCUCUCUCUCUCAAAACAAAAAGAACCAUUCUCCAAGUCCCUUACUUAGUUAUAAAGUUAGAAUAUGAAUCGGGGUCGUCUUCUUUGCCUCAUUGGUUUUCUCUUCUUACUCGUUAUUUUAUCUAAAGCUUCAAGGAUUCACGUUGAAAGACGACGGUUCUCCCCCGAACCAUUACCUAGCCAAGAAAGAGGGUUUCUCCCUUCUCAACGCACUCAGCCGGUCGCCGGCGCGGGUGAAUUCUUACCGGAGAAACGGAAGGUUAAGACGGGAUCAAAUCCCUUGCACAACAAGCGAUGAGUAAACGUCAUAUAAUUAGUCUUCUUCUUAAACACUCUUUUUCUCUAAUUUGUUUACUUAACCACAGAGAUAUAUAUCAAAUUAUGUUCACCUACUACUAUACAUAUAUUAAUGUAAGAUUUAUUCAAUAUUUCUUUAUUUUUUUCAUUUAUAUUCUCAGUACUUAGAUGUUUAUAAGAUGAUAGAGCAUAAAUCAAUCAGUAUUGUUA